UCUUUCAGGGGCCCUGGCACCUGGAAAGCAUUUAUCGGUCAGCCGUGCGGCAACGUAGUACAGUGCGAUAUAUAUUAACCGUACCGUAAAGUGAAAUCUACCGUACCGGAGACAGGCGUAGUUGGCGCAUGCGCCGUACGAGCGCAUCGCCUAGCCGCCAUUGUCGCUUCAGAGCUCAACCGCAGCGGACACGAGUGGUUUCUGCGAGUGAUUUCUUCUGUCGUGAGUACACAUUACGGGCGUUAUGAGCCACGCUUGAGAGCACAAGCAGCUAUAGCCCGGUGAAUUCCCUGUGUUGGGUGCGUGUCCAGGCUGCGGCAGUAAAUCACAGUAUCAGUUACGCCUCGCCUGCCGUAUUUUUCCGGAUCGUGUCCGUCAAUCGGCGGUUGCCGUUGCUUACAAGCGCUAUGCUAGAUGCUCUGCCCCUGCUCUAUGUAUGGUAUAUAUUUUUGCCGGCACCGUUCCGGCCCCGUGUCUGUUCCGUGUGGCGUCCGGCCCCAACGUGCUCUAUGGUGCUUGUUCUGGGCCGACCCCCAUUUCCUGGCCAGAUGGUUCCAACAUGGCGCAUCUUCCCUUCCCUUCCACGGCGGCGGGUAUCAUCGGUGGGACAGCCGCGGGGCGGCGUGGUUCCACGGGACGGGAUUGGUCGGCUCGGGGGCUACGUCAUCGCACUUCCCGCGCCGCUCGCGCCACCUAUGAUCCGGCCGCUUUCCAUUGUCUUUCAUAGGGUCGGGUAGCUUUCGUUCGCGCAGCGGAAAGGUCCCGCGCGCCGGCAUAUUAGUCUACGGUCCGGUGGUGUAGUGGUUAGCGUCGUCGCGUUCAGCGCGGGGAUUUCGGGUUCGAUUCCCGGUUGGACCUAAACUUUUAUAGGGCUUGGUUUGAGCCUCGUUAAUGGCAAAGUUUUUUCACAGAUUCUCUAUUGCCGCUUUGGCGCGUGUGGGCGGUUUUCGUCGUACUUUCAGCCUCCAAUUCCCGUUAUGUUCUCGGCGUGUAUCAUUGCCUGUUGGCCCGUUCUAUGUUGUGGUCGAACCCCUGCAGUUUGCAGCCGUCUGUGAUGACGCUGUUGCGCCGGUGCGCGGUCUGCCGGUGGGCUGCACUGGCAGCCGGGGUGUCCAGCCCGCAGGUUGGGAUGCGCUGUCUGUCCUGGCUCCGGUCCACCGUCCGGCGCGGUGUUCGGAGUCCCUGCCAGGGGCACGUGCUGGCCUGUUGCCAGCUAUGUUUCCAUCGCCAGGUGGAACCCGUCGGGGUGUUGCAUGAGACCCUACAGCGGAACACAUGACCACCGCUCCCGCCGGUGUGACCUGUGGGUCACUUUCAUUGGGAUGAUCCGUGAGCUUGACCCGGCUAUUCGCCGUGUCGCUCCCCUGGUCCUGCUCGGUAGGCCCCGUGCACUACCAAUGGGCCAGCGUUUGUUCCGUGAUUUCCUGGCCCAUACAAACGGGGUUAGCGCUAUCCGUCCCGGCUCUGUUACUUCGUCUGGCGAGGUGUUCGGAGUCUCUGCCUGGGGCACGUCACGGCAGGUUCUGCUCCACGGGAUUCGUUGCAUGCAUCGCCCUUAGCGCUCCCGGAUUUCGCUCCCUUGACCCGGCUCGGCGCACCGACGGGCUCAGUUAUUCCAUUAUGUCCCGGAAAGUAACGGGGAUCGGCAUAUGUAUGUUUUCGAAUAUAUUUGUACUGGCCAUGCUUCGCAUGUCGCAACAUUACGUGUUAACUACCCGAGCCGUGACAACGCUAUGACUUGGCUGUCCUCGCCCUGUUGUUCCAGGUCAUGCUAAUAGUAGUCGGCGUCAGUUUCGCGUAUUGGGCGGGCCGCCGAAGAGGGCUGCACGGGCGGGUCCGCACGGCGGGCUGGCGCGGGGCCCGUAUUGCCGACGACGGGUUUCGGCAGUGGGCAAUUGCGACCGUCCGGCAGCUCCGUCCCACGCAGGUCCUGCUGGUUGCUGGCGGCAACGACGUCGCCUCCAAUCCGUUUAGCCCUCGCGUGCUCGUGCAGCUCUUUCGGGAGCUGGCGCUCGGGAUCUUUGCCGCUGGCGCCCGUCAGUUACACCUGCUGCCGAUUCCGCCGCGAGCAGUCUGCCGGCGUGGGCCGGUCUCGGUGGCGGCGUUUCGUCGUCGGCGGCGGCUGAUGAACCUCCUCCUCCGGCGGCUAUGCGGGAAACACCGCGAGGACUUCCCAGUGACCCUCUGCCCUUCCAACCAGCGAUGGGCUUUGUGGGCGCCGAUGGGGUCCACCCUUCCGGGGAGGGCUGGGCAUGCCUCAUCGAUCUGAUAAAUGCGACCGCCGCCUCUACCCUCCUCAUCUGAGGGCGCCCCACUGACUGGUGUGUUCGGCAUAACACGUGUGCACUGUGAUGUCAAUACAGGACCGUCUAACCGUCGUGUGUUUCUCGUUUCAUGACUACCGAGCCAUGCCGAAGGCGCGCGCGCCGGUGCGCGGCCGCGCAGUGAGCCAGCCGGACGGCGCUGCGCGCGCCCGCCGCCAAUCCACGCGGCGCCAGUCCGGCGCGUCAGUCCCCGCCGGGCCCCGGCGGCGAGCAGCCGCGCCGCCCCGCGGCAGACAGCCGUCGGAGCCAGCCGCUACGCAGCGGCCCGCUGUCGCCGGGCAGGCGGUCGUGCUCGACGCCGCUCAGUUGCGGGCCGUCGUCGCAGACGUCGUGCGGGACGCGCUGCUGACCGUCGGCCCGACCGCUGCCUGUGGCUCUACCGGGCUCGCGGGCUGCCGCGACGCCGCCGGACCCUCAGCACAGCAGGAUACGCCGCCGACCACUACACGUUCGCCAUCGCCGCCGCCGGCGCUGCCGCCGCCAAUGGCACCGCCGCCGCCGCCUCUACCACCACCAUCGGCGACACCUCCGACCGGCUCUCCGCCACAUCUGCCAGGUACAAGCGCCGGGCUGGGGCUAGAGCUGUGUGAAGAUACCUCGGCGGUGGCGCCGGCAUUGCGGAGCAGGAUCCAGGCGGACAAAUUCGUCGAUCUAGCUCUACUACUCGAUUCCUAUGACCGGUCCGCUACCGAGCGUCCACCCUCCUUCCAGCUGGUCGACGGCACCUUGCGCGCCGCUCCUCGCGUGACACGCCCAAUUACCUCGUUCGGUGCGUGGAGCAUCGCAUUUACGCGGUUUGCCGGCAUCUACGCCGAGGCGCACCCAGACGCGGCGGUGGGCCUUCUCGCUUACAUGCGGCAGGUUGGCUCCCUGUCCGUGAGCGGUCUGGGCGUCGCAUGGCGCGACUUUGAUGAGACCUUUCGGCGGGCACGCGAAUCAGACCCCGCUCGUCACCCUUGGGGUGCCACCGCCGCUACGUCCCCCUUAUGGCUCAUGGCCAUAGCCAGGGGUGUUGGCGGCGUGGCCAGAGCCGCUCCGGUUCCGCAGCGACAAGCGGCCGCUGGAUCUCGAUUUCGGCCAUGCUUCGCAUACAAUGGCCAACAGGGCUGCUCGGCCCGCGUCUGUCGGUUCACUCACGCCUGCCGUACAUGCCGCGGCAGUCACCCGGCACAUCAGUGUGCCACUCGACCUGCCCGGCCGGUGCACAGACGCGCCGGCCCCGGCAGCGCCGCCGCCGGUGCAGCUGGCUCCCGCUAAACCAUCUUGUACAUCUGCCGUCGCCUUUUCGCCGAUGGUGCCGGCCGACACGCUCCACCAGCUUCUGUCCGGCUACAAUGAAGAGUUGCGCCACUAUCUAGUGUCGGGGUUUCGCUCUGGAUUUUCCACUGGCUCUGCCAUAACCGGGACAGGGGGGUCAACACACAACCUUCCUUCCUGUGAUCUCGCACCUCAAAUUAUUGACGAUUACGUAUCUUCGGAGCUGAAGGCCGGCCGCCUCGCCGGUCCGUUUGCCGCUGACGGGCCCUCCCCGGUUAAGCGUAUCUCACCCAUCGGUCUGGUGCCAAAAAAGUCGCCGGGCUCCUUCCGCGUGAUCCAUCACCUAUCUUUCCCGGCCGGUGAGUCUAUCAAUGACUACAUACCACGCGAGUUCACGGCCGUGCAAUACGGUUCCUUGGACGAGGCGGUGGAGUACAUCUCCCAUUUUGACCACGCAUUUUUGGCUAAAUCUGACAUCGUGCAAGCCUUCCGCCUACUGCCCACGACCGAACGUGAUUCUGCGCUACUCGGCUUCCGCUGGCGCGGGCUGAUCUACGCCGACCGUGCGCUGCCCAUGGGGUGUGCAAGCAGUGCUCAGAUUUUUCAGACUUUCAGCGACGCGCUGGUAUGGAUAGCGCAGCGCCACUUCGGCGCCGGCCACAUCGUCGCCGUGCUGGACGAUUUUCUUUUUAUCGGCGCGUCGAAGUCGGCAUGUGCGUCGUCCCUGCGGGGCUUCACGGCCAUGUGCCACCUCCUCAACGUCCCCCUCCAUCCCGACAAGACGGUGCUGCCCUGCCAGCGGCUCACAUUUUUAGGGGUGGAGCUGGACGUCGCAGAACGGGUUUUGCGCCUGCCCACCGAUAAAGUGGAGCGAGCAAGGGAUGCCGUGGCCGACCUCAGCCGGCGGCGGAAAGCACCCCUACGGCAAGUUCAGACCUGCAUUGGGCUGUUGAACUUUGCGUGCCUCGCAGUGCCGCUCGGCCGGCCGUUCCUUCGUCGUCUCUCCGAUCUCUGCGCCGGUGUCCGUCGGCCGCACCACCGCGUCUCCCUCACCAGGGCGUCGCGCCUCGACAUGUCAGCCUGGCUUCUAUUCCUGCAGCACUUCAACGGGCGUUCGCUGCUCGAUGAGCGGCGCUGGACGCAGGCGGCCGCGGUGUGUCUGGAGACCGACGCCUCUGCCGGGGUGGGUCUCGGGGCCAUCUGCGGCUCACGCUGGCUGCUCGGGACGUGGCCCGAAUGGCUUCAAGGCGCCGAUAUCGGAGUGCUAGAGCUCGUCGCCGUCGUCGUUGCUAUGCACGUGUGGGCAUCAGACUUGACCCGCCGCUGCGUCAUAGUCCGAUCGGACAACAGCGGCGUCGUCGCGGCCAUUAACUCGCAGUCCCAGUGCUCACCGCCGGGUCCCAGGGUUUUCGUGUGGCGGUUUAUGGUUAGCCAAGCGCCGCGUUCCGUUUUUUGUUUUGUGUUUCGUUGUUGGCCUCGUCCCCCGACACGGCGGGUGGCUUGCGUCCCCCGGCCGCGGGUGGCGUAGUCGCCACAUUUGCGUGCUUAUGUUCUACUGCCGCUGGUUCCUGUGUUAUGUUUAUUCACAUCGACCUGUUUCCUUGAGCGUCCUCCGACACGGCGGGUGGCCUCAGUCAUCCGGCCGCGGAGGAACGACAAGGGGCGUGGUCGCGCAAUAGUUGCGCGGUCGUCACUGUGUUCAUAUGUUAUCCAAGAGUCGCGCGUUUGCCCGCGCUUCCCCGACACAGCGGGUGCGCUGAGUUCGCCACCCGGCUGCGGGGGGCGUGGUCGCGCCACAUGCGUGAUGUAAACCGCGUUCCCGACACGGCGGAUAGUUCUUGUUCUCCGGCCGCGGGAGCGUGGUCGCACCGUAUUCCGUGCCAUUGUAUCUCAGCAUUUUCCUGCGUUGUCAAUGUGUGUGGCGCCUUUUAAUACACAUCAAAUCACACAAUUCGCGCAGCAUCAUCAACAUAAAUAACGUCAAGUCUCCCGUACGUCUUCUCGCGGUUCGGUGGGGGUAUGGGCGUGGUCACCUCACCAAAAAACCAGAUGGACGUGAAUACAGUCCCAUUGUCACACUGCAUCUGGUUUUGUUGCAAGCGCGAGCUCGACGGAUAAAUGGUCUUUCAGGGGCCCUGGCACCUGGAAAGCAUUUAUCGGUCAGCCGUGCGGCAACGUAGUACAGUGCGAUAUAUAUUAACCGUACCGUAAAGUGAAAUCUACCGUACCGGAGACAGGCGUAGUUGGCGCAUGCGCCGUACGAGCGCAUCGCCUAGCCGCCAUUGUCGCUUCAGAGCUCAACCGCAGCGGACACGAGUGGUUUCUCCCACCACCGGCCCCAUGCGCCCUGCCGUUAAUUAAGGUGUUAGGUAUUGAGUGUUUAUUAUGCGUCGCCUACCGGAUUGUAUUCCUGUGUGCCAUGUGGUCACCUCACCAAAAAACCAGAUGGACGUGAAUACAGUCCCAUUGUCACACUGCA